ACUGGGGACAACAAUAUGGCGUCGAAAAAAUUGCUUCGUCCAAGGCUUUUUACAGCAUUUUGUACAAAAUAUAGCGGGUUUAAACACUACAAUGGCGUUUCAUCUUACAGUACCGAUGCAAAUAUUGAACCAAUACAGCAAGAAGGCUUAAGACUUAGUGACAACUGCGUAAAGCAAUUGCAUAAGAUGGCUGUAGAAGAGAAAUUUCUUCGAGUAAUUGUUGAAGGAGGAGGCUGCUCCGGGUUUCAAUAUAAAUUUGAGCUGGACAACAACUUGGAGGUCGACGAUAAAAUAUUCGAACGAGACGGAGCUAAAGUGGUUGUGGAUGAAAUGUCUCUGGAUAUUUUAAAAGGUUCAGAAAUUGACUACAGCGAAGAACUCAUACGUUCGUCAUUCCGAGUUGUUAAUAAUCCCAAGGCUGAAAUGGGAUGCUCUUGUGGUGUGUCAUUCUCGAUAAAAAUCGACUAAUAUUUGUACAAAUCACUUCUAAAAUUGUAAAUAUUCGUAAUUUCAUAAUAACUAUGGUAAAAUAUAAUUACCUAGUCUACUAUGAGUUUGGGCACAGGCCACACUCU